CCCACAUCCUGGUACUUUCCAGCGUUGUCAAGGCAGCCUCAGCGCACGGCUGGCUGGCGGAAAGUAGCUGCAGUGUCCUGGCAAAAUAUCUGUCCAAAAACGUUCCCAAAACUGUCCCGGAAAGUUAGGUGUAACUAAAAGGACGCCUGCAUCCCAAUGUGAUAUCUGAAAAGUCUGGCAGCUGCUCAGCAGCAUCAUAUAGGAGGAUACCAUGGAGUUAAUAAUCGUGAGGAUUCUGGACUGAGGGGCUCAACGGAAUCAGUGGGACCAACAAACCACCAGCUAUUAGUGUUGGAUGAGAACUGAUGGGCUGUCCAAGCUGGCGAUAGCAUGCCAAUUGCAAAGGGUAAAGGUGGUUCAGUGUCCCACCGCUACCGACCAGCCUCAGAGUACGAUGAUGCCACCCUCGCCCAAAAGAGAGAAUAUUGGAGAAACAAGAAGCGAGAGCAGAGGGCCCGUCUGUCGGAGCGGAGAGGGAAACCAGCGCUACACAGCAGAGGGGAAAAGCUCCCACAUCUAAAUGCCCCUGCAACGGUGCAUUCCAGUUUGUCGAGUUCCCUUGCUGCUUUGUCCUCUCCUUUGCAGAGUAAUGAUGAGUCAUACAGACCUGCAUCCCAGAGUGCAAAUAGAGUGGGGGACUGUUCACAUGAAGCCACUGAAAACCAAAAGGAGAAGUGGUUCCAGACAAUGUCACUCAACAAGGUCUUGCCUCUGUUGCCAGUUUCAUGUUCCAUUUCAGGAAAAGCUGCUGGGGGCAACACAGCCACAGUCAACCGCCCGACAGUGAAGGCUGCUGUGAGAGCCGUUACCUCAGCCACAUCUAGUGGAACCCAGCUGAACACCAGUUCCUCAGUGCCUCUCGUCAGAGUGACCAGAAUUACCAAUGGCAGCUCCACUAAAAUCACUAAAAUCGCACCUCAGCCAUGUGUGUCUAUGCAGGGCGCAUCAGUCCCCAAAACCCAACAUAAGGCACAAGUUGCAUUACCCAUUCAGCCUAAACGCUCAGCCACCGAUGUGACCACAGGUAUGAUUCUUGUCUCUUCUCCAUGUGUUCCUAUUUCCAUUAAAACAGAGGGCAAAACAAUAAAUACAACGCCUCAAAGUGGAAUAAAGAGUGCCUUGGUCACCCUGCAGAGGACUAAAGGUGCUGGCAAUACACAACCUUCCUUGGAGUCUGAGGAGGAGAGAGCGGCCAAGCGCAGAGAACACUGGCGGAUCAAAAAGCGGGAGCAGAGAGCUAAGCUGGCAGCUCGUGUAGCUAAAGCCAGAGAGAGGGCGCACGGUGCAGAGAUGACAUUUCAGAGGCUCACAGCGCAGAAGACAGGAACUGCGGUCAGCACAGGUCUUCUCCCACCUCAGUCGUUUUUGAAAGGAGCAGGUCAGAAGCAGACCAGUAGAGUCAAAACAUCAUUUGCAUCUGCUAAAAGAGAUAAAGAUAAACUGCAAAGUGGGGCAGCAACUGUAGCUGUAACUAACCUGCAAAUGGAUCAGAUAAAAGUAGAAAAUACAGAUGUGAAUAAGAUGACGCAGACAGACAUCACAUCUGAUUUUACUUCUGCAAAAACAGCAUUGGCAUCGCAGAGAAAGCUUCCAAGUUACGGACAUCUUUCUAAUGUCACCCGCGGGAUUGCACGAUGUAAAACGCCUAGACAAAGGUUCAUCGAUGCACAGAAGAAUUUCAUGAGUCAGAGAAACCUAAGAUGUAAAUCCCCGUUGGUAGCUUCAAUGUUUGGUUCCAGAAGUAUGCCCAAAGUUGAUCCCAAUGACACACCUGAGCAGAUAAUAGCCAAACGGCGUGAGUACUGGCGAAUUAAAAAGCGUGAACAGCGAGCUAAGCUGUCAAUGGAGGUCAAGGCUCGGCUGAAGGAGAAAGACUCUCUGAUGAGAAGAGUGAAGCGUUACCAGAAAAUCCUCGAGGACAUCCGGAAGGCCAGAGCGAUGACAGGAAGCACCCUAACUCACGCCUCUGAAACCAUCGGGGGUUUCAUCAAAGAAGACGGGACACUGACCGUUAACAUCCUCCAGAGUCCUACAGAUCACAACACCGCAGAAGACAAGCGUGACCUUCAUGUCGCUUCUAAGAAUACCCUUGUCACACAACCACGGCAUCAGCCUGAUACUAAGCAGAGAAGUGUUGCUCCAGUCAGGAUAAACCAGCCCACCCCUCCACUUCGGCCAGCUCAGGUGAAGGUGUCCGUUCCCCUCACUGGACAGUCAGUAAACAAAUCUCCAAGACUACUGUCAGUCAGACCACGCACUCAGUUAGAAAGCACAACUGUACCUAACUCAGACAAGUUAGCAACCCAAACUGUAGGUCAGCUCAAGCUUACUCAUCCGCAAACCCCUCAAAACGCCGUUUCUGGAGGAUCAACAUCGGGAUCGAACCUCGGUGGCUGUGUCAUGAAAAUGGCUGUCUCAAGUAGCGCACCAUCGUUGUCAGCUCUGUGUGCGGAUCCAGAGUUGGGAGAAGAGGAGAAGAUGGCAAAGAAGAGGGAGUACUGGAGGAUUAAGAAACGUGAGCAGCGAGCAGCUCGUGCUGUACAAUUAAAACAGGGUGCCUUCCAAGCACGGGCAAGUCCAGUCUUACAAAGAAAGAAAGCUCAGAAACAAGUAGCAGUGACCUCUAUACCAUUGAACAGAAGUCUUACAAACUAUAUGGGAAAUGUACAACCUCUCACCAACAACAGUGAGCCCGUUAUGCCACAUGCAAAUGAGAUAAAACAGGAGAGUGAGUCCAUGCCAGCAGUUGACCUAAAUUCUCAACCAGAACAAGCCAUCUGUCCAGAUAUCAAACCCCCAGCCUCCCCACCUCCACGUCCAGCGCCUCAGCUAGAGCCCGACCCAGCUCUAAGCGCAGACAGCCAAGCUGCCACUCUGCUAGCCGUGGCCUCUAUGAAGAAACUCCUGGAGGAAUCACUCAGCACUGUGACGGACUGUAACAGGGAACAAACCGACAUUAAAAUGGAGACAACGGAAGAUGCUUCAGAGCAAGACAUGAAGCCAAAUUUACCUCAGCUUUUUUUCCAGAAGGAUGACAUAGCUCCUAUUGCUGCUAACUUGACAUUGCAGAUAAAAAGCUGGCAGCCAGAUAGUGGUGGGCUGGGACAGGCAGAUUCACCAAGCCCUCAGCUUAAGAGCUCAUCAGAAAUUAUUGAGACACCUCCACCUCUUUCUGCCUCCACUGAGGUAGUCCUGCAACCCACCUGUGAGCACUCAUCCCAGACCGCUUUGAACUUCAUAGUAAACCCAUCUGUAGAAACAUCUGACGGCCCACCUUCACCACGCAGAACCCAGAGACGCACCAAAAAAGUGGGCCAUCAAAACUGCUGCUCCCCAGAGGCCCCAAAGCUCCACCAUGCCACAGCUACAUCUGUGGAUCAACUACAACCACAACAGCAACACUGUGAACAACAGAUUCAGGCACAAGAGCAGUGCCAAAACAACAGCUCACCAUCAGUCCAAAGGUACCGCAAUGUGGCAACAGAGCAGUGUGGCUUGACCAGCCUGCAGAGGAAGAGGGAGUACUGGAAGCUGAUGAAGAGGCAGCAGAGGGCCAGGUUGAGGGCACGCCAGAAAGAGAGACAUGGAGAAUGUAGCAGUCGACUUUCUCAGAGAAACAUCCAGGCUCCAGGGCUUGUUGUUUUCAACGCCGCUAAGGCAAAACCAGCCCUGUGGCCCAAACCGUCUGUCACCUCUGUGGCUGCAGUGAACAGCAUCCCUACAGUCCUGGUUGUCAGCCAAACAACAUGCAAUGCUGACCAGACUCCUGACACACUGCAGGUCAAACUUCCCGUCACCAGCAGAGCGCAGAACAACGUGAACGCUGGACUUUCACGAAUUAUGUCCAACUGUGCAGAAGCUCCUGAAUCUCCACAACUUUCACAAGAGUGGACUUCUAGAGACACAGAUGUAGACUCAACCCCAUCCCUCCCCACCCUGAAGCCCCCAGACAACCCACUGUCCAGCAUCAACCUGCAACCCAUUGAACCCCUUGGUCAAAGUCCAAAUCCCAAAAUCCAAAGUCCGAGAAAUUUUCCUGACGCUCAGGUUCAGAGCCCCACGCAUGUUAUGCUAUCCCCCACCAAGCUGAUACCUGCGAGCACUCUGGUUCCUCCGAAACAAACGCCAGGUGAGUCUGAUGAGGACUUCCUGAGGAGGAAGCGGGAGUACUGGAGGAUAAAAAAGAAGGAGCAAAGAGCUAGAAAGGCCAUUCGGGACAAGGGAAUUGCGUCACAGAAAGCCUCCAACAACUGGACACCCAUCCUGCCUGCCCAAGAACUACAGACACAGGAUUCUGGUCAGUGGGGGAACGCCUGUGAAGAGUCAGAACUUCGGAUGAGCACGUCAGUGGACACCGACCCGGCAUCUUUUACAUACCCAGAUUACUCGGCACCUGUAGAAGAUGAGUCGGAGCUUCUUUUUGCUGACUAUGAGAUUAAUAAUGGUGAGGAAAGUCCAGUCUCAGACACUUUGUGGAGGAGUCGCUACCUCAUGGACUACGACCCGCUCAACCAGCUGCUGGUGUGUAUGGUGUGUGGGGAGCUGCAGUACUCUCACAGCCUGGACGGAGUGAGGGCCCACAUCGACGAAGCCCACCCACACACCCUGAACCUAGAACCUGAGGAGAAGCAGGGAAUACUGGACGCCUGGGACGAGCAGGUGUCCCAGAGGGAGCGCUUCUUCACUAGCCAGCUGCAGCAGCACAGUGGCGCUCUGGCAGAAGCACACAGAGACUGAACAGCAGAGGAGAUGACACAUGGAAUCAGCUGAAGAGCCAGGAGAGAAAACCCACACUUUAUUUGUCUUAUUUAUUUAUUGGAUUUGUUUUGUCAGUUUGUUUACCUUCACAGAAGGUCACCUUUAAAGAGAAUGCUGUAGUGGGAAAAUUCUGCCUGAAAGCAGCUUUACCUCAUUUCCUAUCAGGGCUAUAAUGUGGGUUCAUGAAAGGCAGUAUGGACACUUUAUAUUCUGAAGCUGCUUGAACUGACAUAUUGGGACCGUAUUUAUAAUAUUUAAAUGAGAAGCCCAACACUCUGGGAAAUACAGUCUUUGUGCCUCACUAGGUGAAAUAAAUGCAUCCAAAGGCUAAUUCAUGGUUUCUGGAUGACUAAUAUUGACUUUGAAAGUAGACGGCAGACAGGGACACGCUUGUAUUCAUACUACAAUAGCUCCACAUCGUUCUGGUUAGCAGACAGCCGCAUUGGUCCUCAUAUCAAACACAUGGGGCUCCAGUGGAUGUUUCUGAAAGUCUCACAGAUUUCAGACUACGUGUGGACGUCCCCGGAGGCAUGCGGGUGGAUUCUUGCAGACAAACAGUUACUGAAAGCAUGAACUGGCCUUAACAGACACAGGUAUCUUGUGUGGAUUGAAAUUUCUUCAUUGAAAAAUUUUACUUCUUAGGAUUUUUCCAAACAUCUGCAACUAUUGGCACCCAAUAUUUUCUGCAAUCUAAGAAAGGCUCUGAAACAGCAUUUUAAACAUUAGACAAUAAAGCAGCAACAUUUUUUGGUCCUUUUCAAAGAUUGUCUAGCAUCACUGGCUUUAAUUUGGUGACGCCAUUGAGAACGAGUAGAGCGGAACCAUAAGCACGAGGUCCUGGCGAGGGUUACUUGUCAUUUUCCUUUGUAAUAAAACUUUUGAAACAUUUAUUUGUGACCCGUGUAUGUAAAACAGUGAUGUGGUCACUUAUUGUUUCCUACAGAAAACCUUGGAGAACAAAAGCCUUGGAUUUUCAGGUUUCAAUGUUUAAAGUUAUUAAAAAAUUUGUACUUAAAUUUUAGAAUUUUUUGAGAUCCUACAGAGCUAUUCUAUACAGAACUCUCCAGGGUUAUGCGGUCAGAGAUGUUUAGGGGAAAAUACAUGUGGACAGUUUAUGUGUUUGUGAAGCCAUCAGCACUAAAAGGACAGAUUAUUGACUAUUAAUCUAUCUGUUCCUUCACAAACUGUGCUGUUUUGAUCCACUGCGCUAGCGAGGACAGAUGAUGUAGUGACGAGUGUAGCACAGAAAUGUUCAGUUUGGGCUUGUUUAUCACCCAAUAUGAAUAUUUUAUCAUUCUGGAAAGACGGUUGACAUCUGUGAGGCCAUAAAACCUGUUGCUGGAUCAUGGGUAAAGUCUGGAAACUACACUACCAGUCAAAAGUUUGGGGUCACUUAGAAAUAUCCUUAUUUUUUGAAAGAAAAGCAGUUAUUUUUCAAUGAAGAUAACAUGAAUCAGAAAUACAGUCUAGACAUUGUUAAUGUGGUAAAUGACUAUUCUAGCUGGAAAUUUUUAAUGGAAUAUCUCCAUAGGGGUACAGAGGAACAUUUCCAGCAACCAUCACUCCUGUGUUCUAAUGCUACAUUGUGUUAGCUAAUGGUAUUGAAAGGCUAAUUGGUGAUUAGAAAACCCUUGUGCAAUUAUGUUAGCACAUGAAUAAAAGUGUGAGCUUUCAUAGAAAACGGCAAACUUUUGAACGGUAGCGUACGUAACUGAAUUACAGUGCGAGAGCUGCACAAGAAGAGAAAAGUAAUUGAAUCUGUGAUAGGUGACUGAGUGAGACAAGUCCAGUCUGUGACCAUAGUCAACAUUUAGCCACCAAACCAUGACAGCCCUAGUUGGUCACUCUUGUAUUUCCUUAGAGCUGCAUGUCCAAUUCUCAAAACACAUCCUAGAUAACCUUUUACAAACCAGCACUAACCCUGAUUCUGAAGAUGUUUUCAGAAACGCUCCGAAUGCUGGUCUUUGAACCAUUCAGUUAAAAGAAUAAUCCUAUCUGCUGCAUGUAAACAAAAAAGAUUUCUCAGGUAGUAAAACUUGUUCAUUUUGGGUGACACAACACAGUAAUUGAGAGCAGUGCUGCCAUCACUGGGCUGUGAAUCCCACUUUUAUACAAGUGGGAAGCAUUUAGCGUGAGUGGUUUUUGAUGAUGAUUAUAUGAUGAUGAUUUUACCUUCAUUACACUGGUAUACAGUUUUUUUAGAAAUUAACUGCUUCCGCAAAAAAAUUAGCUAAACAUACUUUGAUAAGACGAAUUGGAAAACAAAUGGUAAAACUGAUGAUUGGCUAAUGUUUCCAAGAUAUUUAAUGACAAAGUUUUAUUAUGUGUAUAAAUUUACAUAAAUCUUCCGUUUGAAAGAAUAUUUAUAUCUGAAGAGUCUAAGUGGUGCCCUGGCAAGGAUUAAACAAAACAAAGUCUCAUGACUUAUUGUAACUAAAUGUAUUAGGAAAAUACAAACUGAAACAUCAUUAAAAACAACAGUUAUUCAGUACCUACAUGGCGCUUUUUGGCUUGUCUCUUGUACACGGCACCAGGAUCAUCCCUUUACAUAUUCCAGCAGUAGUCAGCCAGCAGAGAUGGAUUCCAUUUUCCCUGAUGGCUGCCCUACUCUUGUCCUGAUCCCCUAUUUUGCAUCCAUACUGCGCUUUUGUGACGCAAAGGUUACCUCACCACAAAUAUAACAGAAGUUAUCUGCGUUGUUCACAGUUUCGAGGCAUCUCUGGUUCCUCAGGUAAAAAAUAUGAGACAGUUUGAAAAAACACACUGACAAAAGCUGCUACAUGUGACUUAGAUCAGUGCUCAUCAUGGCUUUAAUAUGUCACAGAAGGCAAGAUUUAUCAAGUCAUUAGCAAAGAUGAAUAUGCUCUACGUUGCAGAAAUGAGUCCGAACAUGUAGCUCAGACACAUACAUAUCCUUUAAUUAAUAAUUUCUCUCAUUACUUUGUAUAGAAUUUCAUAUUUGACUUAUUACUGUAUCUUGGUAACUUGAGCCAACCAUUACUUUUGACUUAUUUUUUUUCUUUUAGUAACUGAAAGUAGGUAAAGUUUAAAGACUUUUACUCUGGAAACAUUUUUCUUGUAGACCAGUGUUAUUGAAAACUAAAGAUGGUGGAAUUCAUAGCCUAGUGCUGGCAGUGCUGAGAGGAUGGAUUUGAACUGAGAUAAGUAAAAAAAAAAAAAAAAACUCCGGCAUGUACUCAGAUGAGCAAGACUGUGUUUUCUCCUGAAUUACAGUUUUUAUUAGAAAGAGGAGGGCUGGGUUAUUUCUUCAUUCCAAUGUUACACAGUCUGUCCAAGACCAAUAAACAGCCAUUAGCCGGUUUAGCACCUUAUGCAUCCAGAAAGACAAAACUUACUUACUAAGCAAACUGAGAGAAAGGGGUAUAAUGCUCCCUCAUGGAGAAUCAAUAUACAGCACAUCAGCCACUGCUAGAGAAUUUAACAAUGUUUACUGUAAGUUAUACAGUAAAUUUAGAUGUAUCUCCUCCCCUUACCACAUCAGCCACAUUUUACCCCCACAUCAGUCAGCUAUAAGAAAAGACACCAGAAUCCAGCCCUUUCUGCUAUUUCUAAGUGGUUACAGUUGCUAUCAGUGUGUUAAGAGGUUUUCCCUGCACUACCUGCAGGUUUGCAUUCAGGUCUGAGACUGUUCUAGACCCUUGUUGGUUACGGGAUCAUUGCAUGGGUAUCUAGAACUGUUCCAAACAUUUUUCUAUGUGCUAUACUGCACCGCAUUGUUCUUCAAGCCCUGAACCUUACAUGCAGUAUAUUCCUCUAUGACAGCUUUUUAUACUGAGACAACUUUUUUAUGGAUUUUUCUCACCUCUGUACAAAAUCUUCUGUGGUUCAUAUCAGCUUGGCCACAUGAUGUGAAAUCUUCAGCACUGUAAAUACACAAAGUACUAAAGCGGUUGACAUGCCAAAUUUUACUUUAACUGUGCAAUCGCACAGUUUUUUGAGCAGCUUUAUUUACUAUUUAUUGAAUCUCCUCUUAUAUACCUGAUUAUUGAUGAUGUGUUAUUCAUAUCUGUAGAUAGUUCCAUGUUAGAAGUAUCUCAUUUGUGAGUAUUGGGGAUCCAAAGGCUUUCCUGCAUGAGUAGUAAAUGGAUGAACAGUUGUAUAUCAGACAAACAGAGCUCCUGAAUGCAUUCCCAUGUUUUUUUGUAUAAGUUUCACUGAGAGUAAAAUGCUGAAAAAAAUUUUCUGUUUGAGCACAAAGCUGUGGGACUGAAAACCCUGCGCAGCUGCAAAACGAGUGACAAAGCUGAAAGUGACCAAGUUAAUUCACCUUUCAAGAAUGUAACUCUGACUGAUGACUUGUUUACCAGUUCAAAGGGAAUGUUUAAAUGCCUUUUCAGUAAUAAACCUUUUCUACCGUAAUUGAAAA